CCAGAACGCUGACAACCUAUCUUGAAAACCCACACAGCAAAAUCCACUCGUUUUUCUACUUCCUGCUUUCCCCGCCCUCGUUUACCGCCUGCUUCUUUACUUUUCUUCCGUUGGUGACACGAAACACUACGACGGAUUUGAUUGAUACGGUGCCUGGGUACCGAUUCGAGGUAGUUAUUGCGUGCCACGGCCUGUAUUUUUCGGCACCCGGGUCCCACGGCAAACCCUUCAUUUCGGUUGCCUUGCUACCACUGUCGAGAGAGUUGGCCUCCUUCUCACGCGAACCCGUCGGCUCAUACUGGGUCCAUUUUGAACAUUCAGCAUCUCGUCGGCGACCGCGGAGGGUUGAGGUGCUGAUUGGAACACGCUUCCCGAGCGCGCCGCAUUUCUCCUUUCGCGCCUAUUCUCCUUGACCAAGCGACUCAUCGCGCGUUUUCCUCCUCUGUCGCGCGGCAACAUCGGUCACGAUGCAGCUGACCAGAGCGCUCGGGAUCUUCGCCCUGGGGCUCUCGGCGAUGUCUGCCGCCGAGGCUACCUUAGUCAAUGUCAAUAUGGUCGGUCGCGACGGGGAAGGAAUCCAGCGGAGACAACUACUCGACGACCUCCCAAACACCAGCGAUGCCACCUCUUCCACCAACACCUCUCCUUCUCCAACGGAGACACCGUCGUCGUCUACUGCUGAGCCAACCACAUCCUCUGAGACCUCCCCGACUAAGUCCCCCACACCAACGCACCCGACGCCUACGCCCACCUCGCGAGAAAGCACGAGCUCGAGCCCGUCGCCAACCAAGGAAGCCCCUACUGACCACACGUCUUCUUCAACCUCGGCCCAGCCGACGACCUCGAGCAGUGCCGCGGGCGACAACUCAUCAUCGGCCACUGUCAUUACGACCUUGGUCGUGGUCACGACCACCGCGGCCGACGGCUCGCAGACGACGCUGACAAGCGAAACCCUCACGACGGCGACGCCGGGCCUCGCAGGCGACAACAGCAGCGGGCAGAACUCGGGCAUGUCGCCGCAGACGCGCAACACGGUGAUCGGCGUGGUUGUGGGUGUGGGCGGCGCCAUCAUUCUCGGCGGCCUGGCGCUGGUCGCCUGGCGCAUCUGGGGCCGCAAGAAGCACCAGGAGGAGAGCGACGGGCUGAUGGACUACGGCAGCACCGCCGAGAAACCCGAGUCGGGCGGCUCCAUGACGGGCCGCACGCCCUUCCAGAGCACCCUCGAGAGCUACCACGCGCCGACGCAGGUCAACACGGCGGCGAACUUCUAAAGAGCGGAAGAGAUCGCCUUUCCUCUUUCGGCACCGGGCAAAGGAAAAAUACUCGCUCUCGGCCGACCUGCUUCGACCGUCGGUGGUUUUCCGGUUGGGGGCGUCACUGAAGAUUUCUUUUCCAUGUCGCGGACUCAAUUCCUCGCAUUUGCCAGCAUUCACCCUCGGAGGAUACCCUCAUGGCCCGCCAGCACCGCUCGGUUAGAAUAGACGACUCAGGGAACACGGCACGGGGAUUGGGGAAUUGGGAUGCGGUAUGGGGAUAGUGAGAGGCCGUGGAGGUUUCCCCGGGGCGCGUGAGGCUCAAAAGAGGCUGCCAGAAGGCACAUUGCAGGACGCAGCGAACGAAGGUUUCUCUCUCUCUCUUAUCGCUCUCUUUUCCUCCCUCUGUGUCUCUUUUUUAUGUAUGACGGAUCUCGAUUCCAACGAAUCUAGCGCUGUGUAGAAAGACUUGUAAUACAAACACACCAUUCACCAAAAUCGACCCGGGAUUGAUACUGUUGCCCAGAUCACGGCAUCCGGCCAUCUUUUGCCCAGGGUCUUAUGUAUCU